AACACCCCGAAGACCGAGAGGAGCACGGAGAAACAGUUGACCCUUCCUGUCGACUCACCAGUCACAAUCUCUCUGCUUUCUUCCAUUGCAUUGGGUGUCUGUCGUUCUUUUGACCUCUCCAAUCGCUUCUUGUCCUUCUCAGCUCCAUUCUCGUCUUCACAAUGUCUACCAGACAAGCAGUACGGUCGUUGAGACAACUCACCAAUGGCCGCCAAUUCAGCACGGUCGUGGACGACCGCAUGGCCAUGGCAGCAGGCUCAAGUCCUCUUGCUAGAACUGGAAGCGUCCUCCAGGAUGCUAUGAGACAAACCGGACCUAGACAUGACUGGUCCAAGGAUGAAAUUCGCGAAAUCUACAAGACUCCUCUGAUGGAAUUGGCACAUCAAUCGGGUGUUCUCCACCGCCGUUUCCACUCUCCCUCGUCCAUCCAGAUGUGCACCCUUAUGAACAUCAAGACUGGUGGAUGCUCCGAAGACUGCUCGUACUGCGCCCAGUCUUCUCGUUACAACACUGGCCUCAAGGCUACCAAGAUGUCGCCCGUCGACGAUGUACUCGAAAAGGCUCGCAUCGCAAAGCAGAAUGGAAGCACCCGCUUCUGCAUGGGCGCCGCCUGGCGUGACAUGAGAGGAAGAAAGACCAGUUUGAAGAACGUCAAGGCCAUGGUUGAGGGUGUUCGCGCCAUGGACAUGGAGGUCUGCGUCACACUCGGCAUGAUUGACCAGUCCCAGGCCGAGGAGCUCAAGACUGCCGGUUUGACUGCAUACAACCACAAUGUCGACACUUCUCGCGAGCACUACCCCACAGUCAUCACCACCAGAUCCUACGAUGAGCGUCUGGAAACUCUGUCCAACGUCCGCAAGGCUGGUAUCAAUGUCUGCUCUGGUGGUAUUCUGGGUCUGGGUGAGAAACCCGAGGACCACGUUGGUUUGCUUUACACCGUCUCCAACAUGCCUGCUCACCCCGAAUCUUUCCCCGUCAACGCCUUGGUUCCCAUCAAGGGCACGCCGCUCGGUGACGACCCCAGCCGUAAGCGCAUCAGCUUUGACGCCAUCCUCCGUACCAUCGCCACCGCGAGAAUUGUCAUGCCCGCCACUAUCAUCAGAAUCGCUGCUGGUCGUACUACCAUGAGCGAGGCCGAGCAGAUUCUCUGCUUCAACGCCGGUGCCAACGCCAUUUUCACUGGUGAGAAGAUGUUGACCACCGAGUGCAACGGUUGGGAUGAGGACAAGGCCAUGUUUGAGAAGUACGGACUUACUCCCAUGAAGAGCUUCACUCGUGGUGGAUACCGCGAGCAGGAGAUGGUCCCCAACUACUUUGAGGACGCAAAGAAGGAGCAGGCCACCGCUUAAAUCAAGCGCGUGGAACAAAAGAGAUGGAGUUUACGACAUGAUAUACCUGUACAUAUGAGCAUACAAUUACAUUUUUAAGCACAUGCAAAAAAAGAAAAUACUCGC